CUUUUUUCCAAAUGAGUAAACAGAAAAACAAAGCGGUUAACAGAUCGAGUUACAGUUUAAAACCCUUUGAUAGUGAAAGUUUGACCUUGUCCUUGACGAGAUGUACUAAAUUUAGUAUCAAUGAAUGUGCCGCUUUAAGUUUAACUAGUUAAUAAUAAUGCUGACGUAGUAAAUUCGCACAGCAUUCCGCUCUUUUCUGCUGCCAAAUUAUCUCUUUGUGUUUGUGCCGUUUCUGUUAUUGUUCUUGCCUCUCCGUUGAAGACAUUUUGGAAAUAUUCCAAACAAAACACAUUAUUGGACUACUGAUUCAUAUCAAAUCUUGCACAGACCAUGUCGAAGGACACGGACGUGGAGCAGGCGACCAAGCCGGAGAGCGGAGUUGUCCAGGUGGAGCCAGCGAUUCCGGAGCAGCCACAGGCCGCCGUUCCGACCACCAUCUCCACGGCGACCACAGUGAUCGCGGUGACUAAUGGGGAAAAGCCAGUGGCAGCGACACCAACAACAACUGCAACACCUGCGACAGCAGAACAAGUGCAACCUGCAACAACCAUCGCUGGCAUUGAGUUGGCCACUCCAACGGCGGCGGCAACUUCACCACCAACAGGCAGCGGCAAGGCCAACAUGGAUCCGGCGCUGAUCAACUUCAAGGUGCUCUAUGUGCUUACCCAGCUGUGCGGCCUGACCAUGAUCGUCCUGGUGGCCACCUGGAUUGGUCAGCACUUCGGUGGCCUGGCCGGCACCUCCAAUCCCGGCGUGGAGUUCAACUGGCAUCCUCUGUUCAUGACCAUUGGCUUCAUUUACCUGUAUGGCAACUCCAUUCUGAUCUAUCGUGGUUUCCGCACCACGCGCAAGAAGACUCUGAAGCUCACCCACGCCGGCAUCCACAUGGGCGCAUUCAUUCUGACGGUGAUUGCCCUGAAGACGGUCUUCGAUUCCCACAACUUGGCCAAUCCGCCCAUUCCCAACAUGUACUCCCUGCACUCUUGGCUGGGGCUCUCCGCGGUGAUCAUCUUCUCGCUGCAGUAUGUGGCCGGAUUUGUCGCCUUUUUGGCGCCGGGGUUGAGGGAGAACUACAGAAUCGCCAUGAUGCCGCUACACAUCUACUUCGGACUCUUUGGCUUCGUUCUGGCUAUUGCUAGUGCCCUGAUGGGAAUCACCGAGAAAGCCAUCUUCGCCAUCAAAACUCCGGCUUACUCCACUCUGCCGCCGGCUGGUGUGCUGGCCAACGUGAUUGGAGUACUGUACGUGGUCUUCGGAGCGCUGGUUGUCUACCUAGCCACUGAGCCCUCCUAUAAGCGGAAGCCCAUUCCCGAGGACACGGCUCUGCUGAACUCCAGUUCUGCCAACGAGUAAGGGCUCUUCCCAAGCCCCAAAUCAACUGCAAUGCUUACUUAAGCUCGAAACUGUGCACAAAACCAAACGAAACCGAACCUGAUCACACGGAUGGUGCUUUGUUAGUGAUGGAGAUGGAGAUUCGUCAAGAUGCGUGUAUUAUCUGUAGCAAGUACAUAACCUAACGACUAUGUAUGACUCUGAAUUAUCCACAUACGUAUACUUUGGUCACCAGUUGUGCAAUGAUUUCAGCGAGUGCUCAAAUCAUAACGUAUUUAACCUCAAGAAAAACAUUUGCUUUGAACUGUACGAAUACAUCUAUAUAUGUGUGUUAUAUAUGCUUAAAUAAAUAUAUAUAUCUAUUAAUAUAA